AUGCAAUAUAUGAUAGAGAUGUGUACGGAGACGUGGCGCGGCGCGGGCGUCGCUCGCUCUCCGUCACACGAGUCGGUGACAACUGAUUUGUCAUUAUUCAGUGUGUCUUCCGCAGCCUCAGAUGCUAGGGUACUCCGUAUGCUGGCCUGCAAAGCUGGACAAGGUCCGGAUCCAUCUAUCAGAGUGGCCAGUCCUAAUCCUGAUGGUAAAGCGAGGUCAACGGCACUACCGUUGUCUUCCGGUGAGAGUGGGGAUGCUUGCCGCGAGGUGUUAGCUGGAUGUGCAGCUCUCUGCGCGCAGCUCGGCCUCCGCAGGUCUUUCAGCGCAGCUGAUGUCUGCCAGCAGCAUGCUGCACCGCCACCCAGGAGUGCAACGUCAGAGGUGGGUUUGUGCGCGGCUCUGGAGGCCCUCACUAUGAACGCUGCCUCUCGUUCCUGCAGCACUUGGGUUGCUGGUAAGUUACAACUAGCUGUUCUCAUACGACUUUAUUCGCAUAAACAUGUUCGUCAGAAUUAUAUAAAGAAACGACUUUUAACUACAUACCGUGCUUUAGAGAGGAUGUCCCAGUCUGAGUUUAAUUUGGACAGGCUUGAGCAAGCUGCUGCCGCGUCCACUGGCCGCGGGAACUGCCUCGCGCCGCCCCCCAACACUCGCUUACUGCAUCCUGAGACAGCACAUCUUGUGCUGACAGCUGCGGAUUUGGAACGUGAACGCGGACGUCCUCUGUCCAAAUAUGAACGAAAUAUGAUGAUUUUCAACUGGCUUCAUACUUUAGAUGAAGGCGCACCCUACUAAUUGACAAUUUACCAAAAUCUACCAAUUCGUUUACCUUUAGGUAUAUUUCAACUUAAAAUUCAAAUUAACUUGAUUUGAACUGUCAACUAUUGGUUCGUUUACCUAAUAUCUCACUAAGAAAUAUUAAUAUUCCAGUCAAAUAAAUUAAUUUACAGCCUUAAUUAAUUGUCUGAUAAUCCAAAUAAAUAUGUGAUGGAAAUAUCGGAUUUUAUUCCCUUAUCUGACUGGCAUUAUGCUAUCUGAGACUCUAUCAGCCAGAUGUGGGAGAAACCUUUAGUAAUUUUCUUGUCAUAUUUAUUAGUAAAUAGGCUGUUUGUGUGAAAUUGUAAAAAAUAGAACAUGUAAAGUAUCUUCAAAUUUCUAGAUGAUUCUAGAAUAAAAAAAUUAGGUUGGCUUAAUUCUUUUUUUUAGUGUAUGAAAAAAUUGAUUUGCUAAAAUUAGGAAUUGACUUAUUAAUAUAUAUUUAACGUGAAUCUUUUUAAUUCCGAGUCUAAGAAUAUUCCAGAAUGUUCUAAACCAGAGUUUCCCAAACUUUUUUGUGUUUUAGACCCCUUGUUAUGUUAUUCCGUGUUGUGUAGACCCCCUACUUACCUGAUAUUUAUUUUCUGUAUAUUUCUAACUUGUAGUGGUUUAGUAUUAAAAUAUAAGUAAAUACAAAGUUAAUUUAUACAAUAAUUUGAAUUUAAAUAAAACUACUGAAAAUAAAUAAUAUUCUAAGAUAGUACGAUGUAAGUAGGUAGGGUUGUAACGGAACUCCGCUUCCGCAUAACAAGUACGGAACUUCCGCAAGAAAUGUUAACUCCGCAUUAGCUUCCGUUGUGUUUAUGCGGAGUUAUAACGGAAGUUAAUUUACGUCUUUAACUAUAAUUGUUAUACAUUAUAUUUGAAUAAUAAACUGCAUCUUGUAAUUAUGUACCAAUGUAUUUUGAAUUAACGUAGUUUUAGUUGUUUCUUUAAUAAAUCGCAAUUAAUAUUUUAUUAUUGACCUCCGCUUCUGCAGACGUAAAGACCUUUCCAUCCGCAUCCGCUUCCGUUAGAAUGGCCUCCGUUACAACCCUAAUAGGUACUAUCAGUGUAUGUGUUUAGAUCCAUUAUCGUGGACCCCCAAAUUUUUUCGCUGACGUAGGCCCCUUGAUGAAUGACAAUGGAUUUAAAAAAAAUAACAAAAAGGUUGUUGAAUGACCCUUACAGGUUAUAGACCCCCUAGGGGGUCGAUAUACACCACUUUGGGAAUCACUGGAAUAUAAAAUAUAUAUGACAUUUGAAGAUAGAACAGGGAUAUACAAUACCAUAGCUUUUGUAUGCAUUAUUUAUGUACAGGAUGAUUUAUCAAUCGAAUAUUUUUUUGCUGUUAAUUUUUAUGGUAUUAAAGAAUUGAUUUUAGUUUUAGACAGUUUAGUCUAGUUCUUGAUAUAGGAUGUUCCAUUAAGUUAUUUUUUUAAGCUAUAACUUAGAAUAAGUUAACUACUUUUGGAUUCAUGGCCUUUCUAUUUUCCCUUCCCACCUUUUUCUUAAGGGAAAUGGAUUUGGCAAAGAAAGGGGCGCUAUCCUGUGCUCUUCUCUGUCGAUUAAGUGACGUAUCUGCAAAUACAGAUGUCUGGUAACUGUACUGAUGGACAUUUCGCUGUUUUGGCGAAUUCAACUCGUUUGUCACUUUGCAAUAAUCAGUAGCUUAUUUUGUAGUUGGAGUAAUAAUUCUGCAUUCCUUUUAAAUAAAAUUAUUCAAUACAUUAUUAAUGACUUACCUUAUGUAUAGAUUUAUUAUUGUUUUAUU